CUCUUCAAUUCUUAGCAUAAUUUGAUCAGGAUUCAGUAACCGAAACGCAAGAAGAUCUCCAUUUAAACGUUAGUCUCUUCUCAACACUCCACGGUUUGUCUUCAGGGCUCUGUUGAAGAAGUUUCAUUGACAGAAUGGCACCCAGAAGAAAAACUCCAAAGGUUGGUUUCAGGCGCAUUGAUGCUGCUUUCGAUGCUCUUCGUCCGAUGGGGUUCCCUGAUUAUGUGGUUCGUAAGACUAUCAGAAAUCUUCUCAAGGUUUAUGGUGGAGAUGAUGGUUGGAGAUUUAUUGAGGAGUAUUCCUAUCAACUUGUCAUCGAUACAAUUCUUCAGGAGCAAGCAAAUACUGAACAGGAAAAUUUGAAAGAGAAAUGCUCUAAAAAGAGAUCUAAUACAAGAAUGGAUGCUGCCAUUGAUGCAAUGAAGCCAUUUGGAUUCCCCAAUAACAUGGUUGUUAAAACCAUGAAGGAACUCCAAAAAGUGGGUUCCCUUUUUCUUUUCAUUUUUUUUCUUAAAGAAAGAAGACAUUUUGAAGUUUUUAUUGAGUUUCUGUUUUCGUUUAAGGAAACAAGCAAAAAAAAUGGAAACUUUUGUGGGUUUGUUUUGUUUCAGGUGUAUGGGGAAGAAGGGUGGCCCUUCAUUGAAGAGGCUUAUUACAAGGUUUUGCUUGAAGCUAUACUUGAAAAGGUCAAUGGAGAAGGAACAAAUGAUUCCACGAAACCAGCUGCUGAGACUGUUAGUGGGACUCUUGAACCUGCUUGCUCUGAUGUGAAUCCUCCUAUUACUACAUUGCAAACCAGCGAUGUCUUGGACAAUGCAUCAGAGGCUGAUGAGGCUUUUGGCACUGCAAAACUGACAAAUGAAUCUGAUUGUGAACAUCUGCCAUCAAUUGAAGCUGAAGGCUCUGUGAGAAGGCAUGCUUGCAGUACUAGCCACUCUACUCCACCUCUUAGUCAUAACCCACCACUGCCAGGUAGUAGUUCAACCGAGAAGCGGAGGCCUUACUAUGGCUGGAUUGGCAGUGAUGAUGAGGAGGAUGUUGUGGAGCUAAGACCAGGACCAUUGGCAGAAGAAAUAGAAAACCAGCUUUCAAGUUCCAGGGAGAGGAGAAAAAGGGUGGAGUAUUGUUCAAAGGAAAUCUGCGAGGACAGGCUGGUAGAAGUUAUGAAAAAAUAUCUACUAGGAUGCAGAACAAAUUUGGCGAUGAAUAUAAGCUUUUCCUUCUUAUCAAUCCAGAAGAUGACAAACCAGCGGCAGUUGUUGUUCCAAAAACAACAUUGCAACCAGAGACAACUGUGGUCCCUGAGUGGUUUGCAGCUGGGGCUUUUGGUCUGCUUACUGUGUUUACCUUACUUCUUCGGAACGUGCCCACACUGCAGUCCAACUUAUUGUUCUUUUGGUGCCAUAACAAGGAUAAAAAAUAUUGUCCCCAAGUGUGAAGACCUCCUUAAGGUUGCAGCAGCUGGACCUUUAGCUGGCUUUUGCUUGGGUUUUGUUCUAUUCCUUCUAGGUUUCAUAUUGCCAUCUAGCGAUGGUAUUGGGGUUGUUGUUGAUGCUUCUGUGUUUCAUGAAUCAUUUCUUGUUGGGGGUGUAGCAAAGCUUCUUCUGGGUGAUGUACUGAAGGAAGGAACUCCUCCAUCAGUAAACCCACUUGUGAUUUGGGCAUGGGCUGGACUUCUUAUUAAUUCAAUCAACGGCAUUCCUGCAGGGGAGCUAGAUGGGGGGCGAAUCUCCUUUGCAAUAUGGGGAAAAAAGGCUUCAGCUCGCUUCUGAGCACGCUCCAUUGGGCUGCUAGGACUCUUGUCUUUAUUCAAUGAUGUGGUGUUCUACUGGGUAGUUCUCAUAUUUUUCUUGCAGAGGGGGCCAAUUGCUCCACUCUCUGAGGAAAUCACUGAUCCUAAUGACAGUAUUGGCAGGGGAUUUUAACUUUGAUUUGACUUGGUAAGUCCACUUCACUAUAAUAAAGAUGAAUGCAUGUGCAUUUUGAUGAAUAUCCAAUUUCCUGUUUUAUUGAUGACGAGGAAUCUCUAGUGAGUAAACUCAGGAUACCAGCGUAACUUUGCAAGAUAGAAUUCUAGUGGAAGGAAUUGUUUAAAGAAGUUGUAAACGGCCAACUUGGUGUUGAACCAAACUUCUGCUUCAUUUAGGCUAUAACUAACAAUUUUCCUAGUGCCUGGUGAAAGGCUAAAUAAAUAGUAGCCAGCCAUGUGAUGUGUUGACAGACAGUGAAUGUAGCUCUUAAAUGCUAACAUGAUUGUAUUAAUUCAUCGAAAGGGAAAUUUUAAUUGGCUAGGUUAGUUAUAUAUGACAUAUUCCAUCUCCAUUAAAGCCUCAAGGAUUCAAAAAAUCAUGGUCUGUCAGAACAUAUCAUUAUAGAAACAUCCAUCUCUAGGGAACUUGCAUGGCCACUGGUUGAAUUUCUAGUUUGGGAACAGCCGAUAUUUGUAUUUCCUUUCCAUUAUUUAUGAUUAUUUUUUGGUACUUGAGGUUUGUUAAGAAUUAAACUAAGAUGAUAUUUCCUUUAAAUUACUGGAUGAUAUAUGCUAACACACCUAGGAAUACUACAUAAAGAUAGAUGCCGGUUUAUCCAUUUAUAUAUGUAGCAUGCCCAUUCCUAGACGUCAGGGCAGUAUCAAUCCAUUACCUAUUGUUUCUUGGAAAUCUACUGAAUACUACUGAAUUUCCCUAUGUUUAUAUCUUCAAUGAGCAGGUGAAGUUUAAGUUAUGCUGUUGAGAGAUGCAAACCCAAGGCAUGGUUAUAGAGUAUAGUAUAUAUUUGGUCUGAAUUAGUAGUUGCUUCCAUAUUUCUGUUGCCUCUGUUAUCUUGAUAUAGACGUGAUUGAGGAAACAGUGUGGGACAUAUUAUUAUGCAUGCACGUACAUGUACGUGUUCUACAUGUUAAAACAUAGGGUUUUUGGUUUGGGAACAUUUCACUAAAACAUAGGGUUUUUGGUUUUUGGUUUAGGCUUUG